GGGGCGGGUCCCACAUCACUUCCUGGAGACUGAUCGAAUCCGGAAGUGAUCCUCGAGAACCGAGUUUCUGCAGAGGACCCCGGCAGCAGGCGUGGGUUUGGGACCAUGAGCUGGAUUCCAUUUAAGAUUGGGCAGCCCAAGAAGCAGAUUGUUUCCAAAACCGUGGAGCGAGACUUUGAACGGGAGUAUGGAAAGCUGCAGCAGCUGGAAGAGCAAACCAAGCGCCUGCAGAAAGACAUGAAGAAAAGCGCCGAUGCCGACCUAGCUAUGUCCAAAUCUGCUGUGAAGAUCUCCUUGGACCUACUCUCCAACCCCCUGUGUGAGCAGGACCAGGAGUUUCUGAACAUGGUGACAGCCCUAGACACAGCUAUGAAACGGAUGGAUGCCUUCAACCAGGAGAAGGUGAACCAGAUCCAAAAGACAGUGAUUGAACCCCUGAAAAAGUUUGGCAGCGUAUUCCCAAGCCUCAACAUGGCAGUGAAACGGCGGGAGCAGGCCUUGCAGGACUACAGGAGACUGCAGGCCAAGGUGGAGAAGUACGAGGGAAAGGAGAAGACUGGCCCGGUGCUGGCCAAGCUCCACCAGGCCCGAGAAGAGCUGCGGCCUGUGCGGGAAGACUUCGAGGCCAAGAACAAACAGCUGCUGGAUGAGAUGCCACGGUUCUACGGCAGCCGACUUGACUACUUCCAGCCCAGCUUUGAGUCCCUGAUCCGGGCACAGGGAGAGUGAAGGAUUCUCUGUGAGUCAGGACCACAGUUGGUCUCUUGUCUACGGAAGAGGUUACUGGUGGGCAUCCCUCACCCAGGAAAGGCCAACCUUCCCACCACGAGGCACAGAAGGAGAUAGGGCCUCACCAUGUCCUGAAGAGAGGAGUAUUCCAUCUCGGACUGGUUUGAGGCCACCGAGCGAACCUCCGUUUCCUCCAGCUUUGCUCCUGCUACAGAAACCCAAGCUCAACAUGAUGGUGGUGCACACACCUAAGACAGUGAUUCUCAACCUGGGGUCACCACCCCUCUCGGGGCCAAUGACCCUUUCACAGGGGUCGCCUAAGACCAUUGGAAAACACAGAUAUUUAUGAUUCAUAACAGUAGCAAAAUUAGUUAUGAAGUAGCAAUGAAAAUAAUUUUAUGGUUGGGGGUCACCACAACAUGAGGAACUGCAUUAAAGGACCACAGCAUUAGGAAGGUUGAGAACCACUGCCUAAGAGGAAAACUACCACAGACAGCCCCAGAGAGCCACUGCCCCCAGACACACCAAACUCCUCCUCUCCAUCGUCCCUGAGAAGCAGCAGGUCUGGGUCCAAGGCCAUCUCACAGAGGUCCUCUGCUGCCUCGCCCCGGGGCUUCUCUUCCUCUUCUCCCCCUGAAGAGGGCCGUUUGGGCAGAAGGCCAUCCUCCUUCUAAAGAAGCAGACCAAGGUGGUGAGGAGGUGCAGGACUCUUGUGACACUAACAUAACAGUUGCUAACACUCAGGCAUCAGCUGUGUGCUGGGCACUGUGUGGUCCACCAUGUGCUCAUGAGUAUUUAACAAUACCCGGAUUCAGAUCACAGUGGCACAUCUCGACCCCUGGGGUAGUUCUCAGGAGUCACUCUUAGUUUUGGAAGCAAUUAUGUAUAUAUGACAAUAUUUGGACAAGAAGCCAAGCUGCAUUUUAGAAAUGGUUGAAGACCAGUUUGUCCACCUGUAACCAUCAGGCAAUCCCAACUCUUAAGCAGUCUGACUGGCAGUUCUAUGCUACCAUGGCUUAUCAGUCACACUUCCCUCCCUCUUGGCCAUGUCCCUCACUCUGGGUCUACACCACUUCCUAGCUGUAUGGACACAUGCAGGGUUUCACCUUCCUGGGCCUCUGCCCAUCCCCAGCUUUCAAAGAAUGGGUAACAUAAAGAAACGAUGCAACUGGGCACACAAAGUGCCCGGAACAAUGCCUGACCCACAUGAGGGGCUCGAAUCAUAAGCAUUGUGUGUGAACCUCAGGCCACCCAGGGCUGAGAACAGUACUCACCAGUGGGUUGUCUGACUCGGCGGAUGUGCCCUCAUUCUGUACCUCAUCCUUGGAUACCUUCGCCACCUCCUCUUUGACAGCCUCCUCCUCUUUGACCACAUCCUCCUUGGCUGUCUCCUCCUUCUCAGGUUCAGGGGGAGGUACAACUUUUUCUGGAAGGCUCAGCAGCGUCUUAUAAAUCCUAUAACCAAAAUCCCUCUGCAGCAUCUCUAGAAACAGCUCAGCCAGCACCACCACCUGUUGGAAGAGGUGCAGGGACCAUGGCAUCAGGCAGGAGAGUGAAGACACCAUUAUCCCAUCUUCAUACUCGUGGUCUCUCCUGCACUUGCCUCGAAAGAGAUCCUUUCUUUCGGCCUCCGAUCCUCCACAAUCCCAUGGAGAGACAGGUUGACACAGCUAGGGUGUGCCAUAACAGCAGGUUCUAGAGGAGGUGGAGGGGCCUCUGGGAGAUCAGUGUCCACGUCUUGCUGUGUGGUGGCCUCUGAAGUCUCUGUGUUCUGUUUAGAAGUGUCUGCUUCCUCUGAUGUAUCAGGGGCCUGUUCGGUAGGCUCUGCUUCCUAUGACAAUAGCUCAGGUGACCUUCUGGGCCCUAAGGUCAGGGUACCUACUUUUGAGAUAGGGGCUCAAAUAGCCUAGGUCAACCUCAAAUUCACUAUGAAGAUGAGAACAGCUUUGAACUCUGGAUCUUCCUGCCUCCACCUCCCCAGUGCUAGAUUUACAGGCUUGUGCCACCAUGCCCAGCUUCCCUGCAUUUCCCUAAGGCCCAGCCUUACCCCUAAUGUCUCCUGGGGUUGGGGAGCUGCCUCUGUGGCUUUCUGCUGGCACAGUGCCUCCCACUCUUCCAAAGUGGGCAUGAUGGUCCACACGUCUGGCAGGUAUACCACUACUGUGUGUAACCGCCGGGGCGGCCCUGGCUGUAAGUACUGAAACUCGGCAAAUCGCCACCUGUUCACAGCCAAAGGAAAAGAAAGUCCCCAACUGUGACAUAAUCAUGAGUGUCCCACUCACAGACAAGUACCCUGUUUCCAGUCAGAAUUCCAUGCACACAUGCUGCAUGCCAAGCCAUGAGCACAAACAAAAAGCCACACGCCAAAGCCUCAGUGGCUAGGCAACAGGGAGACAUAGUAAACAAACAGCACAGAGGAGCAUUGGGCAUGGCCUGGGGGUCAGCUGCCACCAGCGCUCUCAGCCAUGGGUUCUCAGUCAUCUCUAACCAGUUAGGGGUGGGCAGACAUGAGCUGUGGCAGGAGAGAACCCAGAAGCCAGACUCCUGACACCCCACGGCGAGCUGGCCACAUGGGGAAGGCCACUCACCACUUGGUGCAGGUGCUCAGGUCAAUGCCAGUCUGGGCUUGUGCACAGCGGAUGGCUGUGCGCACCAGCACCUGCGGGUCUGCCUGGGGGUCGAGGCCAUCCAGGGAAGGAGACCACUCACCCCCAACCAGCACUGCCUCGUCUUCUUU